UCGUGCCGCGCGCUCCAGUCUUAGCAGCAGCAGCAGCAGCGGGAGGAGAAGCGUAUAAUCCGCUCGUUAAUGUUGACAGCGACGUGACACGAGCGAUUUUAACCAUUCUAUGCAGAAAAUCGGACACCGGGGCACAUAUUUUACCAGAGCUCGUGUGUCUUUAAACGCACGGGGUGUUUAGAGACGGAUGAGCGGUUUCCAGGCCGGACGCCGUCGGAUGGGAUUCCCGGUCUAGAUGGAGAGAAACCGAGCGGGCGGAGAAGCGUCGCUGCUGUAAAUAAUUCAACAUCGGUGUGAUCAACAAAAAUGCAUCUGCACCAGGUGCUGACGGGGGCCGUUAACCCGGGGGACUGCUGCUACUCCGUGGGAAGCGUCCACGACGUCCCGUUCACGGCCUACGGCUCAGGCUGUGAUAUCGUGAUCCUUGCAAGCGAUUUUGAGUGUGUUCAAAUUAUUCCUGGAGCUCAGAAUGGAAACAUCCAGGUGGGCUGUGUGGAGUGCUCUCAGCAGCUCGGCCGGAUUGCUGCAUCUUAUGGAAAUACCGUUUGUAUUUUUGAACCAAUUGCUUCCAACCCAAACAAACGUCACAAGCAACUCAAUUACCAAUGGCAGAAGACUGGUCAGUUCUUUCUCAAUGCUAUAACCUACAAUCUGGCCUGGGACCCUCAAGGCAAUCGUAUCUUGGCGGCGACCGAGCGUUUGCAGCUGUGGGCUCCUCCGACCAACGACACGCUGAUAGAGGAAGAGGACAGUCAGCUGAAUGAUGACGGAGCUCAUGAGCUCAUGCUCAACGACUGGAAAUGUGUCUGGCAGUGCAAGACUGCUGCUGCUGUUCAUAUUACUCAGUGGUCUCCAGAUGGAGAAUACUUCGCCACAGCUGGAAAGGAUGACUGCCUGCUGAAGGUGUGGUAUCCCACCACAGGAUGGAAGUCUGCAGUGGUGAUACCAGACGUGACUGAUAAAAAAGCCCCAGCGGUUCAUUUCUCAUUUGUGUAUCUGGCACAUCCGCGUACGGUCACAGGCUUCUCCUGGAGGAAAACCAGUAAAUAUAUGCCCAAGGGCUCUGUGUGUAACGUGCUGCUGACGUCCUGCGCGGAUGGCAUCUGUCGUCUGUGGAGUGAGACCCUCUUGCCUGAGGACAGUCUGCUGGGGGGGCAGAUCUCAGAGAACAGCACCAGCUUCAGCUCCUCUCUGCCAAACAUCGCUCAGAAAGACAAGAUACAGCACGCUCUGGAGUCUAUCCACCACCUCAAGCACCUGCGCAGGGGCCGCAGAAGAUCGUCCGCUCUGGUGGCCCACACCGAGCUGCUGCCCAGCCAGCUGGGGUCCCACGAAACUCACCGCCACAUCUCUCACCACGCCAACGCCCUCUGCCACUUCCACAUCUCUGCCAGCAUCAAUCCCAACACAGAUAUCCCCGCAGCGCUGGCUGGAUCGGGCCUGUUCUCUGAGGACGUCAGCGGAGGGUUUGUGGUUCACUGGCUGAAUAAUAAAGAUCUGAGCUUCACCACCUCCAUGGACCUGUUCAUGCAGCAGCUGCGCAAACUUUCUGAGCAACACCUGGAACAACCCACUGAAGACUUUGAGCAGGAGGGGGCAGCCAAGUUUGACUUUGAUCUGGAUGAGAUGUCUGAUAAAGGCUCAUCAGAACAUGAGGAGGGAGAUCAGGAGGGCAGCACCAAGGCCUCUUCUCCAGGUUCGAGCAGCAGUGUUCCUCUGCCCUCUGUUUUGCUGGAUCGGAAGCUGGAGACUCUCAUCCUGGAGUGGAACAAGAGUCCAGACAUGCUCUUCACUAUUCACCCACACGACGGAUCCUUCCUCGUCUGGCACGUCAAGUACCUGGAUGAGUUCAUACCCGGCAUCUUCAGACAGGUUCAGGUGUCGUUCUCCUCUCGUAUCCCUGUGGCGUUCCCCACGGGCGAUGCUAACUCCCUCAGUAAGAACAUCAUGAUGUACGCCUGUACCUUUAUGGACCAAGAAAACUGCAGUGCUCUGGAGGAUAAGAGAAGUGAGCGGCGGGUUCCUCAGAGCGCAUCUGCGUCCGCGGGGCUCAGUGCUCUCGGACACUCUCUGGCUGCUGUCAUCGGCCCCGCCGUCAUGAUGGUGUCCAAACACGUGGACGGCUCGCUCAACCAAUGGGCUGUGACCUUUGCUGAGAAGUCGGCCUUUUCGAACGUCCUCACAGUUUCGCACAAGUUCCGUUACUGCGGACACAGAUUCCAUCUCAAUGAUUUGGCCUGUCACACGGUCCUUCCCUUGCUGCUGACAUCAUCUCAUCAUAAUGCACUGCUGACUCCGCCCUCUGGAUCCGGUAGCAUUGAUGGAGAUCAGAUUGGGGGCGUGGCUCUACAACCCACCAGGCCAAUGAGAGGCGUUCCUCGUAAACAACUGCGAAAUGCAGCCACGCGUACGUUCCACGACCCGAACGCGAUCUACAGUGAGCUGAUCCUCUGGAGAGUCGAUCAUAUUGGGCCACUGUCCUGCACAGGGGGCGUGUCGGAGCUAGCACGAAUCAACUCGCUCCACACAUCCGCGUUCUCCAACGUGGCCUGGCUGCCAACGCUUAUCCCUAGCUCAGUGCUCGGAACCUACUGUAACUCAGCAAGUGCGUGCUUUGUGGCGUCUGAUGGUAAAAACCUGCGUCUGUAUCAGGCUGUGGUGGAUGCCCGCAAACUACUGGAUGAACUCUCUGACCCAGAGACCUCUAAACUGGUGGGUGAAGUAUUCAACAUUGUGAGUCAGCAGUCCACUGCCCGACCCGGCUGCAUCAUAGAGCUGGAUGUCAUUACUAACCAGUGUGGCUCAAACACACAGCUGCUCCACGUAUUCCAGGAGGAUUUUAUUUUAGGCUACAAACCGCAUGAAGACAUUCCAGAUUUCAACAUUACUAGCGCUCCCUCCGCAGAUGAGUACCAGCCUCCUCCUUUCUCAGAAAAGUUCUAUCUGGUGGUGAUCGAGAAGGAUGCCAAUCGGAACUCAGUAUUACAGAUGUGGCAUCUUCAUCUGCGCUCGGUGCAGGCGUGUGUGGAAGAGCCAGUAAAUGAUCACGUGUUCCAGAACCAGCUGACGGUUCCUUUGAGUCAAAACUAUGCUGACUCAUCUCCUGACACCACUCCAGGUCACAGUCCGCUGCCUCGCUCCUCCUCUUCCGCCAACCUGCAGUCAGCCAGCAAACUCAUCCUGAGCUCUAAACUGGUCUACAGUCAGCGGCUAGACCUUCCACCAGGGGUGGAGCUAAUCAGAGCCACGCCCUCCGCUGGUCACUUGAGCUCCUCCUCUAUCUACCCUGUGUGUUUGGCUCCGUACCUGAUCGUGACCACCUGUUCUGAUGGACGUGUCAGGUUCUGGCACUGUAGGGUGGACAUGGACUUAUCGGCGGCAAACCCCGAAGAGACACGUUCAUAUCGGUGGGAGCACUGGAGACUCCUGAAAGAGGAAGACGACAACGACAGCUCUGUGUGUGUUGCGGGCCGCCCCGUUGCGGUCAGCUGCUCCUACACGGGAAGACUUGCUGUGUCGUUCAAACAGAUGUCACCUGGGAAUGAGAUUGGCAUGCCUCAGGACUUCUCCAUGCAUGUAUCGAUCUACGAGUGCGAGUCGACGGGCGGCUCGGAGUGGGUUCUGGAACAGACGAUCCACCUUGACGAUUUUAGCAAACCUGUGAAAACGUUAGAUCCACGUGUUAGUGUUGAUAGCAAUUUGGUUGUCUAUAGCAAGUCAGAUCUGUUUGUGUCCAAAGACAGUCCCAAUAUUAAACACUUUGUGCACCUGGACUGGCUGUCUAAAGAAGAUGGGUCGCACAUCCUGACGGUCGGGGUUGGAUCCAACAUCCUUAUGUACGGACGCAUCUCAGGGGUUGUCGCAGAGCAGACAGGAGUGAAAGAUCACCCUGCAGUCACCCUGCCUCUAGGGGGCAGUAUAAAGCAGGGAAUUCGCUCUCGUUGGGUGCUCCUGAGGUCCGUAAACCUCGUCUCUUCCGUCGACGGCACCCCGUCCUUGCCGGUGUCUUUGUCCUGGGUGCGUGAUGGCAUCCUGGUGGUGGGCAUGGAUUGCGAGAUGCAGGUUUAUGCGCAGUGGAGGCAGGACGAGAAACCGGGCGACUCCGACGACAACAGCAUCUCAUCCCCAGAGGGCGUUGGAGGUCGCACUAUGUCUGUCUCAAAUGAGGGCAGAGCACGAUCUAAGAGUGUCUUCGAGGGCAGUGCGGGAAUCGACGAUGCGUUCCGCCCUCCGGCGGUGAUUCAAGAUGGAGGCUUGUUUGAGGCGGCCCAUUCAUUAUCGCCCACUCUUCCGCAAUACCAUCCAACCCAACUCCUAGAGCUUAUGGACCUCGGAAGGGUACGUCGUGCCAAGGCCAUUCUGGCGCACCUGGUCAAGUGCAUUGCUGGAGAGGUUGCAGUGGUGAGGGAUGUGGAGGCAGGAGAGGGAGGCGCCAGGAGGCACCUAUCCCGAACCAUUAGUGUGACGGGUAGCACAGCAAAGGACACUAUCGUUGCUGGCCGAGAUGGUGGGCGUGAUUACACCGAAAUCAACUCCAUUCCUCCGCUUCCACUAUACGCCCUACUGUCUGCGGACCAGGACACCUCCUACAAGCCGGGAGAGGAAGUGGGCAAAGCCGGAAAAGGGGCAGAACGUGAGAUGCAGAAACAAUCAGAUGAUCAGUACGCUGAUCUGUUCCAGGUGCAGACUGUCACCACCGACGAUUUUGUGAGCUUUGCUGCUGAGAAACCAGAGAAGAAGUCUCGUGUGAUUAACCUGUCGCAGUACGGCCCCACGUACUUUGGCCCUGAACAUGCACAGGUGCUGUCUUCACAUCUUAUGCACUCCAGCCUGCCAGGUCUCACACGCCUCGAGCAGAUGUUCCUUGUGGCUCUCGCCGAUACUGUGGCGACCACUAGUGCAGAAGUAGCAGGACCCACGGAUAAACAGUACACCGGUGGAGAGGCUCUAGACGAGUGUGGUCUACGUUACCUGCUGGCCAUGAGGUUACAUACUUGUCUGCUGACAUCUCUGCCCCCCCUCUACAGGAUGCAGCUGCUGCAUCAGGGCGUGUCCACGUGUCACUUUGCAUGGGCGUUCCACUCAGAAGCUGAGGAGGAGAUGCUGAACAUGAUUCCUGCCAUGCAGAGAGGAGAUCCGCAGUGGUCUGAGCUCAGAGCGGUGGGCGUCGGCUGGUGGAUCAGAAACAUUAACACUCUGAGGCGGAUGGUGGAGAAGGUAGCCAAAGCAGCAUUUCAGAGGCAUAAUGAUCCACUGGAUGCAGCUCUCUUCUAUCUGGCCAUGAAGAAGAAGGCUGUUCUCUGGGGUCUCUUCAGGUCUCAACACGAUGAGAAGAUGACCCAGUUUUUUAGCCACAACUUCAGUGAGGACCGCUGGAGGAAGGCGGCUUUAAAGAACGCCUUCUCUCUCCUGGGCAAACAGCGCUUUGAGCAGUCGGCUGCUUUUUUCCUGCUCGCUGGCUCCCUGAAAGACGCCAUUGAGGUUUGUCUGGAGAAAAUGGAGGACAUCCAGCUUGCGAUGAUUGUCGCUCGUCUUUACGAGGCUGAUUACGAGAGCUCCUCCACCUGUCAGGGUAUUCUGUACGAGAAGGUGCUCGGCUGCAACAGAGAUGGAAGCGGUUUCUCCUGUACCAAACUGCACCCUGACCCGUUCCUGAGGAGCAUUGCGUACUGGAUCAUGAAGGACUACACCAGAGCCCUGGACACACUGUUGGAGCAGAUUUACAAAGAGGAUGAUGAGAACCCUGAUGUCCUGGUGAAAUCAUGCAAUCCUGUUGUCUUUAGUUUCUAUAACUACUUGCGCGCACACCCUCUGAUUAUCCGACGGCAUUUUGCCAAGCCUGAGGCGUCUGGGGUUGCAGUCGGUCUAACAUCAGAACGCAACAGCGCAGACGAAAUAAACCUGAUAGAGCGGAAACUCUUCUUCACCACCGCUAAUGCUCACUUUAAGGUGGGCUGCCCACUCCUGGCGCUUGAGGUCUUAUCCAAAAUCCCUAAAGUCACUAAGAAAGCAUCUUCUCUGAGUAAGGGCUCAUCUGUGGCCAACGUCAGUGCCGGCCAGCCUCAGGAGAACGGAGGAAAGGCUUUAGAUCUCGACUGGGGAGCUCCUGCCGUCCCCAGUCAGGCCUGGGGUGCAGACUCCUCCGCCGGGCUGGACUGGAGUCAACCGCUGGUUAAAGUGGAGGAUGAGGGUCUACAGUUGGACUGGGGUGAUGACAAGGAUGAAGAUGAGGAUGAAGAGGGUGGGCUGACCAUGAAGAAACCGGAGGUGGAGGAUGAGGAGGCUAAAAAGCCAUCCAAAUCAGCAGCCCUGCAGCGUGAAGACUCUGCAGCCGAGUCAGAGGUGGAUGUGAUCGCCGAACAGCUGAAGUUCAGAGCCUGUUUGAAGAUCCUCAUGACGGAGCUGCGGACACUGGCUACAGGUUAUGAGGUGGAUGGUGGCAAACUGCGAUUUCAGCUCUACAACUGGCUGGAGAAGGAAAUCGAGGCCAUGCACCACAUUUGCAACUAUAAGUUUGAGGGGAAAGUGGCUGCAGGUCAGCUAGAGAAAUGGGGUGAAGAUGGAUCUCUGGACCUGGAAGACUCACAGAUCCGGGGUGAAGCAGGUGCGUACGAACGCCAUCAGAUGGAGCGACGGCGUCUACAGGCCAAGCAGCUGCAUGCAGAGCGGAGGAAAGCCUGGCUGAGAAAGAAUCAAGCUCUGCUCAGAGUCUUCCUGAGUUACUGCAGUCUGCACGGAGCCAAGGGUGGAGGAGUGACGUCUGUUCGGAUGGAGCUGCUCUUCCUGCUGCAGGAAUCACAGCAAGAAAUGACAGUGAAGCAGCUUCAGUCUCCACUUCCCCUUCCCACCACUCUGCCCCUGCUGUCGGCCAGCAUCGCCCCCACCAAGACUGUCAUCGCCAACCCCGUCCUGCACCUCAGAAACCACAUACAUGAUAUCCUCUACACCAUUGUCCAGAUGGAGGCUCCGCCACACCCAGACAUACUGGACGACCGGGUGAAUGCUUUACACACUCUUGCUGCUUCUCUGUCAGCUUGUAUCUACCAAUCGCUGUGUGACAGCCACAGUUACAGCAGUCAGUCGGAGGCCAAUCAGUUUACAGGGAUGGUGUAUCAGGGGCUGUUACUGAGCGACAGGCGUAGACUUCGCACUGAAAGCAUAGAGGAACAUGCAACACCAACCUCUGCCCCUGCACAGUGGCCAGGUGUGUCGUCUCUGAUCAGUCUGCUGGCGUGUGCUCAGGGUGAUGAUCACGUUCGUCUGAACGUCAUGUUGUGUGAGGCAGUGGUGGCCGUAUAUCUCAGUCUGCUGAUUCACGGUCUUGGCACACACUCUGGAAACGAGCUCUUCCGACUGGCCGCUCAUCCCCUCAACAACCGCAUGUGGGCCGCCGUGUUUGGGGGAGGAGCCAAACUCAUUGUCAAACCCAAGAGGCCCCCAGAAAUCACUCCAGCCAAUGUGGAGUCAAUCAGGCGGACAGAGCUCCAGUCUGAGAAUACAUCAGCAUUACCUCCUCCAACCCCUCCCGCUGAGGACGUGGACCGACAGAGGCGCAGGUUUAACAUGCGCAUGCUUGUUCCCGGACGUCCCGUUAAAGAGACUCCAGCCACACCUCCACCCAUCCCUGUAGAGCGGCCCACCUAUAAGGAAAAGUUCAUUCCACCUGAGCUCAGCAUGUGGGAUUACUUUGUGGCCAAACCUUUCCUUCCUCUCUCUGACAGCGGGGCGCUGUAUGAUUCAGAUGAGAGCGGUGGCAGUGACAAUGAGGAUGAUGAUGAUGCCUUCCUCUCAGACACACAGAUGACACAACACUCCGAUCCAAACUCCUACAGUUGGUCUCUGAUCCGCCUCGUGAUGGUCAAACUUGGCCUGCACAAUGUUAAGACGUUCUUGCCGCUGACAGGCCUGGACUUCACAGAGUUGCCAGUGACGUCUCCCCUGGCCAACGCUGUGCUGAAGACACUGGAAAACUGGGAACAGAUUCUUCUGGAAAAAAUAAACAAAUUUGACGGCCCUCCACCAAACUACAUCAACACCUACCCCACGGACCUGAGCGCUGGCGGGGGACCGGCUAUACUCCGACACAAAGCCAUGCUAGAGCCUGAUAACACACCGUUCAAGUCAAAGCACCGCUUCUCCUUCCCUGCUCGCCGCCUGUGGCAUUUUCUGGUCAAACAGGAGGUGCUCCAGGAGACUUUGAUUCGAUACAUCUUUACAAAGAAAAGGAAGCAGAGUGAGUCUUUAGAUCAUGUGGACCACCUCAUACAAAACUGCGUUACUGGAGCUCGAAAAACCAACAAGGUGGAGGCUGAUAUGGGUUACCCUGGAGGCAAAGCCAAAAUCAUCCAUAAAGAAUCUGACAUCAUCAUGGCGUUUGCUAUUAACAAGGCUAACACUAAUGAAAUAGUGCUGGCGUCCACUCAUGAUGUCCAGGAAGUGGACGUGUCCACGCUGCUCGCAGCUCAGCCGUACACCUGGAUCGGAGAGGACUUUGACAAAGAGUCUCGCAGCUCUGAUGAUGUGGAUUACCGCUCGUCCCACACCAACAUCGCUCAGGCCAGCACAGGUCCCUUUGCCCCUCAACAAAUGGCAGCGUCAUCCUCCAUGCCGUGGCUGGGCAGCGGACAGACCAGCAUGGGUGCCAGUGUGAUCAUGAAGAGGAACCUGAAUAACGUGAAGAGAAUGACGUCUCAUCCCAUCUAUCAGUACUAUAUGACGGGAGCUCAGGACGGCAGCGUGAGGAUGUUUGAGUGGAAUCGUCCACAGCAGCUCAUCUGUUUCAGACAGGCCGGAAACGCUCGAGUCACACGUCUCUAUUUCAACUCACAGGGGAACAAGUGUGGUGUUGCUGAUGGCGAGGGUUUUUUGAGCCUCUGGCAAGUCAAUCAGACCUCCUCAAACCCCAAACCGUAUUUGAGCUGGCAGUGUCACAGUAAAAGCUGCGGAGAUUUCGCCUUCAUUACGUCCUCCAGUCUGAUCGCCACAGCAGGACAGUCCAACGAUGGCAGGAAUGUUUGUUUAUGGGACACUCUGGUCUCUCCAAGUAACUCAAUGAUACACGCGUUCCAGUGUCAUGAGAAUGGUGCGACGGUUCUUCAGUAUGCUCCUAAACAGCAGCUCAUCAUCACAGGCGGCCGGAAGGGAUUCGUCUGUAUUUUUGACAUCCGUCAGAGACAGCUGCUCAACACAUUCCAGGCGCAUGAUUCAGCCAUCAAAGCACUGGCCAUGGACUCCACCGAAGACUUCUUUGUCACCGGCUCAGCCGAAGGGAACAUGAAGGUCUGGAAGUUGGCGGGUCACGGUCUCAUGCACUCGUUCAGCACCGAGCACGCCAAGCAGUCCAUAUUCCGAAACAUCGGCGCCGGCGUGAUGCAAGUCGAGACGUGCCCGGGCAACCGGAUCUUCACCUGCGGAGCCGACGGGACCCUGAAAAUGAGGGUCCUUCCCGACCGCUACAACAUUCCGGCCAGUAUAUUCCAGAUCCUCUAACAGCGGAGCGGCCGAAGAACACUAACGCUUUCGACGGCACCUCCGCGUUUCCUUAGCUGUGAAUCGUAAACCGGUAACAAAUAUCUCGCGCUGCAGAAUCUCUUUAGCACCCCGCCCCACGAAAGACGCCGGAAAACGCGCAUGAGGUCCCUCGAUUCGGACGAUCGACUCCUGUCAUUUCUGGAGACGAAUCCAGAUAACGUGUUGGUAGGAAAGCCGUAUGCAUGAGCUGUUUGAGUCAUCGCACUCCAUUCCCAGGUUAUUGGUCGUGCUCUGUAAAAGUGCUCAAAGCUCCAUUUUUAAGUGUGUAUGUGUGUGUGUCUUCAUUUUGUGCCCAUUUUAGCAUUUAAAAUACCAGCACUGUGCUUCUGCUAUCAGUGUAAGUCCAGUCGUUGGGUUUUGUUUUUACCGUACGUUUUCUCCUUGGCUGCUAAUGUAUUUGCGGAGUGUAAAAUGGCACAGUACCCUGGCGGCCCGGCGGUUCGCCGCGGCCCCAGAGACACACCCCCCUCCCCCUUCCACGCGCACACGCUGCUGUUGACACGCUUGUUUCCGUAGCAGCCAAACAGCUAAACAUUCCACGCGAGACGACGAUGCUUGCUCCUGGAAAUGACGUGUUUGACCUUUUCAUCUCUCGAGCCCUGAAACUCUCACUUUGAACAGGAAAUGUUUAGUUUUUGCACAAAAUAUUUGUUCGUUUGCUCGUUUUCGUUUCGUUUGUUCUGUUACGAACUCUUGUAUUUAUAUUUAACUUUAGGAAUGUAAGUUACGUUUUAGAUGUCUGGGACAAAGUGCAACACUGAAUAGGUUUGUGUUUUAUUUAUUUACAUAUUUAUUUUUUCAUGUUUUAUCUGUUCUGAAUAUUUGCACUCAGAUCUGGGGAAACAAUAACACUCUUACGUUACACGUGAUUAAAAAGCUCUAUUAGAGGAAACUGUUAUUUACAAAUGAAUGUCUGGCUGUGUGUGGCCGAGUAGUAAAAAGUGGAAAUAGUUUUAAAUGAAUAAAUAUAUAUAAAUAUAUAUAUAAAUAUAUAAAUAUAAAAUGACGAAUUACGACGAUAGCUUGUACAAACACAAUAAUGCUUUUAGUUUAUUUUUUUGAUUUUAUCUUAACUGCUGGAAUAGUCGUAUAUUUGGUUUGAUGUAUGUGGUAUUUAUUCAGAUCAUAUUUGUGUUUCUGUCUGAUUUGCUGGGCACCAUGUCAACUGUACGUAUUUUAAAUGUUCAACCGAUGGUCUGAUGUGUAUUUAUUGAACAGCCUGAUCUGUCUGCGUGUGUGAAAAUGCAAACCCCAAAAACACUGGUUGAUAUUUCUGAAGGAACAGGUAGUUCUGUCAUGGUCAAAGUUUUACCUUUGUAAGUUGAAUAAAUUCUUUUUAUUUGAAUUAA